ACCGCCCCCACCCAGUCCAAGCUCCUCCCCAACUCUAACAAUGUUAGAGCAACCUAGGAAAAGAGUGAGAGUGAGAGAGAGAGUGUGUGGGAGAGAAAGAGGCGGGGAAGGAAAUCUGCAAUCUAUCACAACAACUGGAUUGAGUGUCUUCAGACUUCCUCUGCAACCAUGGGGCUUGGAGUAAGUAUCGAACUCUGUCACAUAUUUUGGUUUUAUUUGUAAGUGUUUUUAGGUCAGACUUGUUAUGAUCUUCAGUUUUUGGACUCAGACCAAGUUACUGUUGACAGUUGGGGAUUGCCUAAAGCUCUUUGUCCUGAAAUCUCCUGUGCAGCAUGCAUUUGAAGGGGCCUCAGCAACCCCUUAAACUUUUCCAUACUGAGAGUUGUUUGAGCAUAUUUCCUCUGAGAUUACCUAAAACAGAGGUUGCAGCAUGUUUCAUAACAGCACUGUUGGCCUUGUUUGCGGUUUGUAGUAAUGUCACGAGAGAGGAAGUGUUUUUAUUGUGCUCAGUGACAUGCACAAGCUUAUCAUAUUUCACUUUCUUUAAUCCAGAGCGCCAGAGAUGAGUAUCACUUGGCUGCAAUGUCAGAUGGAGGAAAAAUGGAUGAUCUGCAUCUGGUAAGUGCACAAAAAAAAAAAAAAAAAAACGGUAUGUCCCAGUGCAGGGCCGGAAACAAGUGUAUGAAUCACUCUCUUGUCUCAUGAAAAAUCCCCUCUCAAUUACCCUCACACACUCUCUUUGUCCAUAGGAUGAUCACAAGCUGUCCCCGGAUGAAGUCCUCAAAAAGUAUGGGACUGACCUCACCCAUGUAAGUAUGCGCUGUUUGUCAGUCAGUCAGUGAAGAUCCUUGAAGUCUACUGCACUCACCCCAGUCACAGGGGAGAUGCUGGCCUGACUUUUUUGAUCUUUUGAGGAUCGCAAGUGCAGCGAUUAGCAUCAUUUAAAUCUACACUGAACUGUCCCAGUGUUUAGCAUCUUGAACUUGAACACAAAGAAGAAUAUUGUGAGCCUCCAGGAACGUGAAUGUGGUUUCUCCCCGAGGUAUGUUUGGAAUGGCUCUGGCCUGUUGUCAGGUCCUUAAACCUUGACCCUAAAGUGAGGAUGGGUCAGGAAACCUUACGUCAUUGCUCAGAGCUUCUUAGUGGCUGACAAGAAAAUAAUCCAAGAGGGCGUCCCAUUGGUCCAUGACUUUUGGUGCGUCCACCUAUCAAACAACUCAUUACAGUUUAGGUCCACAAAAUCGUGUCAUGUCAUGUCAUAUUGUGCCGUAUCAUUUCAUAAUGUAUGGCAUCUUAUCGUAUUAUGUUGUAUCAUCUUUUCAUAGCAUAGCGUAUCAUGUUAUUUUACCAUAUAGCAUCCUAUCGCUAUGUAUUGUGUAAAACGUAACGAUCACAUCCAUCCAAUUGUAUCAGAUCAAAAUGACCUUAGUGAUCAUAUUGUAUUGUAUCUUAUCAUGUAAUGACUGUAUUGUUUUGUAUCGUAUCCAACAUAAUGAUCGUAUUUUAUUGUAUUGUAUCAUAAUGAUCGUAUCGUGUUGCACUUUGUCAUCUUGUACUGCCUUGUUUUGUUUUCCAUCGUAACUUAUCAUAGUGUAUAGCAUUGCAUCGUAUCUUAUGCUGCGUUCAAGUUACCUCAGAAGUCCGAGCUGAAAAUGACGUCACACCCAAGUUACUGGCGUUUCAGUUAUCAAGUCGAAAUAUAUAAGCAAGGACAAGACAAGCACUAAAAUAACUUUUUUAGAUGUAGCCAUCUUGUUUUCACCUCCGAUUUUGCUUUUUUCCGACUUGGUAACUGAAAUGCUGGGAACUCGGGUGUGACGUCAUUUUCAGCUCAGACUUCCGAGGUAACUUGAACACAGCAUUAUUAUCCAAUUGUUAAGUUCUGUAUCUUUUUGUGUUGUUAUGUAUCACAUUGCAAUUUUGUGUCCUUUCUUUUUUAAUUCAAAAAUCAUCCCUCACCUUAUAUUUUUGUGUCUCUGUUCAGGGUCUUUCCAUUCUGAGAGCAAAAGACAACCUGGCCCGUGAUGGCCCAAAUGUGCUCUCACCUUUUCCUACGACUUCUCCAAUUCUCAAGUUCUUUAAGCAGGUAAAAGUCGUCUUUCAGUAAAAAAUCAACACACCUCUUUUGUAUAUUCAGAUGGUAAAAAAAUCACUCUCUCAAUUUUUCUUGAUUCUAGCUCUCCAGUUGUUUCUCCAUUCUGCUCUGGGUCAAUGCCAUUCUUAGCUUCCUUUCUUAUGCUGGCGAGCUUGCCUUCAUAGAAGAACCCACCAAUCACAGCGUAAGGAAGCUUCAAAUGUACAAUUCAAACUUACAACACAUCAGCGAAUGAAUAACUGUUUGUUCUUUCUUGCUGCAGCUGUACUGGGGUGUUUUUCUCAUUGCAAUCAUCAUCUUCUCUGGUUGCUUAUAUUGUUACCAAGAGGCCAAAAGCUCCAGGAUUACGGACUCCUUCAAGAACCUGGUCCCACAGGUGUUUUUUUCCCCACCAUUUUUCCCCAUAUAUGCAACCCUUGCCAAAGGAGCUUAUUUUUGAGUCCCUUGUUUCCAAAUUUGUCCCACAGCAAGCUGUCGUUAUCCGUGAUGGUCAAAAGCUGACCAUCAAUGCGAAAGAGGUGGUUGUGGGAGAUCUGGUGGAAGUGAGGGGCGGAGACAGGAUCCCUGCAGAUCUUAGAAUCAUCUCUGCUCAUGGCUGCAAGGUUUGUAUCUUGAAGACUCGCUAUAAUCUUUAUGUCUAUAUUGAUAUGUGCCAGGGAUCCUUCCGGAAGGACAACUUCACCUUGAAAUGUUACCAAAAGCUAGAGUUUUGUCCGAGGGAGCAGCCCUCAAGUAGUUUCAAUACUAAAGUCACUCAAUGGUGUCUAAUUCUUGCUUGACUUCUACACUUUCAGAUCGACAACUCCUCUCUCACUGGUGAAUCUGAGUACCAAAUUUGUACUCCAGACUUCUCCAGUGACAACCCUUUGGAAACCAGGAACAUUGCUUUCUUCUCCACCAACUGUGUUGAAGGUAGAGAACUAUCAACACAAAUUUGCAGAGUCAAAGCAAUUUGGUUUCAAAUUUUUAAGCCGCUUUGCAACCUCCACCCGUGCUCAUUCGUUUUCUUCUGUGUCUGAUUUUACCAGUGUCAUGUGCAUUACCAUCGAUGCUUGCUCUGUUUGUUCAGUAACCUAAGGGUCUUUGCUGCUGCUCACCCUGCCUUGGCUUUUACAGAUGCACAUGAAACAGAAGGAAGGUGUUCCGCACUCGCCUCUGGCUUUGGCAUUCCACCUACAGAUUUGGAAGGGCUGGAGCUCUAAUAAAACCAUCCAUCCAAAUUUAACAUACCGCAUGAAAGUGAUCAAUUCUAUUUGCUGAAAAUGGUCCUGACUAAAUAACUGAGACAAUGUUCCAACAUUCUCUAGGUACUGCCAGAGGUAUUGUCAUCAAAACUGGGGACCGUACCGUCAUGGGUCGUAUCGCCAACCUCGCCUCCAGUGUUCAGGGCAGGCAACCCCCCAUUGUUAAUGAGAUCCGGCAUUUGAUUAACAUCAUCAUUGGCAUGGCUGUCUCCAUUGGUAUCAUAGUCUUUCUCGCCUGCUUCAUCCUGGGGUACUCUUGGCUGGAGGCCAUCAUCUUCCUCAUUGGUGUCAUUUUUGCCAAUGUGCUAGAAUGUCUCCUGGCUACUAUCACUGUGAGUUCUGGCGCCAAAUUUUUAGAGUUUUUGAACAGGAUACAUGGAAGUUUAAUUAAUUAUAUGGAAUUGAUGUUUGGCUCUAGGUGUGUCUGACUCUGACUGCAGAGCGUUUGGCCAAGAAGAACUGUCUGGUGAAGAGCCUGGAAGCCGUGGAGACCCUGGGAUCCACCUCCAUCAUCUGCUUUGAUAAAACCGGCACCCUGACCCAGAACAGGAUGACUGUUGCUCACAUGUGGUUUGACAACCAGAUCCAAGACCCAGAAACAGCCGAGAACCAGAGCGGGACCUCCUUUGACAAAAGCUCAGCCACCUGGUCCGCCCUGUCCAGGGUCGCUGGACUCUGUAACAAUGCUGUCUUCCUGGCUGAUCAGAGCAACGUCCCCAUCAUGAAGGUGAGAAUCUACCAGCCUACAAAGCUCUCCUGUUUGCUUCACUUCACCUAUUCUGAUCAUCACAAAGGUGUCUAAAUAAUUCACCAGUAGAGGAGGAUAUCAAUAACAUCAGCUCAAAGUGUCACGCUGUCUUCCAGGCCGAGUUUGGAUAUGUCAGUUUGUCUCUUUUCCACAGAGAAAUACAGCUGGUGACGCCUCAGAAGCCGCCCUGCUAAAGUGUAUCGAGCUAUCCUGUGGACCAGUCAGCACCAUGAGAGACAAAUACCCCAAGAUUGCUGAGAUUCCCUUCAACUCCACCAACAAAUACCAUGUACGCAUCCUGGCAACAUCUCCUUUGGCUCUGUUUUGCCAUAGUUUUUUGCUUGAGAGAAUACCAUCACUGCAGACAUGAAUGACAUAGAUAUUAAACUGCAGUACCUUGUCCCAUAGCUUUCUAUCCAUAAGAACACAACACCAAGUGGAAGCAAGCACCUGCUGGUCAUGAAAGGAGCCCCGGAGAUAAUUUUGGAUCACUGCUCCGGCAUCAUGAUUGGGGGUACAGAGCAGACUUUGGAUGCCAAGAUGAGGGAUGCUUUCCAUAAUGCGUACGUCAGGCUGGGAGGACUUGGAGAGAGAGUGUUGGGUAUGAAGUUGUGGCUUCACACUUACGUCUUGACGACAUGGUGAAGAAAUCAGACCCCUGACCGGCUUUUCUUUCCUGCAGGUUUCUGCCACUUACAACUGCCUGAUGACCAAUUUCCAAGGAACUUUGUUUUUAACACUGAAGAGGUGAACUUCCCCACUGACAACCUGUGCUUCAUCGGCCUCAUGUCCAUGAUUGACCCUCCUCGUGCUGGUGUGCCUGACGCUGUUGGCAAGUGCAAGAGCGCUGGAAUCAAGGUAUGAAACUGAAGUCUUUUUACGUGUCCAGCCAAAGAAAGUUUCAAACGGUCUGUGUAAACCGCAUCAAAAAUUUACAUCUGAGAAACUUCCAGACAGUGCAAAUAUUUUGACCUAAACUUUCAGGUAUUUUCCAGUUACAACUCUUAAGCAACUUUUUUGCAUGAAGGAUCCACAUGCUAUGUGGGUUCCCUUAAGGUCCCCCGGCUUCCUCCCACUGUACAAAAACAUGCCUGUCAGGUUAAUUGGUCUCUUGAGAUUGCCUGUAUGUAUGGGUAUCUGUUUGUAUAUGCCAGCCCUGUGAUAAACUAAUCUGUUGAGGGUGUACCCUGCCUCUUGUCCAAUGACAGCUCAGAUACAGAACUCCCAUGACUCCAAACAAAGAAGUUGUAAAGAUAAUCGAUGUAUGAAUGGAACCUUAAUCUAAAAAACAGUCAUGGUUUUGAAAUCUUGUCUUAAUUUCUUGUCUUCAGGUUAUCAUGGUCACAGGUGACCAUCCCAUCACAGCUAAGGCUAUUGCCAAAGGUGUGGGUAUCAUCUCAGAGGGCAACGGGACAGUUGAAGACAUCGCUGCUCGCUUUAACGUACCAGUGUCAGAGGUUAACCCCAGGUCAGUUACUCACCAAAGCUUGGACCUGAGGGUUCGGCUCAUACACCUUUGUGACAGGGAGUUUUACUCAUUUAUACCCUACUUCUACCUAUUGUUUGUUGGAAAACAGCUGAUGGUCCACUGCUGUUAUGAUUUCCUUUCUAGGGAUGCCAGAGCCUGUGUCGUCCACGGCGCUGAGCUGCAAAACAUGACCUCAGAGCACCUCGACAUUGUGCUGAAACACCACACUGAAAUCGUCUUCGCCAGAACCUCUCCUCAGCAGAAACUGAUCAUCGUGGAAGGUUGCCAGAGACAGGUACGAUCAUAAAGACGCGUCCAAAGACAUCUGCUGUGGUUGAUCGUUUGUUUUUGUUAGAAAUCUUACGAGUAUCUUGUUUUCUUUCCUCAGGGAGCCAUUGUAGCUGUAACAGGUGACGGCGUGAACGACUCUCCCGCUCUGAAGAAGGCUGACAUCGGUGUUGCCAUGGGUAUCGCCGGAUCUGACGUCUCCAAGCAUGCGGCUGACAUGAUCCUGCUGGACGACAACUUUGCCUCCAUCGUCACUGGAGUGGAAGAAGGUGAGACCUGAACCUGCAGAGUUGUGGAAGCGGAGACCACAAAAAGCAUCAUGUAACUGGAUUUCCUCUCUUUUCUAGGCCGUCUGAUCUUUGACAACUUGAAGAAAACCAUCACCUACACUCUGGCCACUACCAUCCCACAGAUCGUUACCAUCGUCAUGGUCGUCUUCCUCAACAUCCCGCUGCCUCUGGCAGCCAUCACCAUCCUCUGUAUCGACCUGGGAACAAACAUAGUGAGCAUUUAGAAUUUCUCGUGCUUGAGAGAAAAUUCAUGAAAAGAUCAAAUCUGUGGCACAGCAACACAUCCAGGAAGUUAAUUAAGAUGUCAAAGUUAAGUUGUGUGUGUUGCCUCUCAGGUCCCUGCCAUCUCUCUGGCUUAUGAAAAGCCUGAGAGCGACCUCAUGAAGAGACAGCCAAGAAACCCCAGAAGAGACAAACUUGUGAAUCAGAAUCUAAUCAGUAUGGCCUAUGGACAGAUCGGUAAGUUCACCGCAUGAUGUUAGAUUCUAUUUGGUGGAUAAAUCAAAAUAACCAAUCCUUGGGAAACUGACACUUGGACUGGGAGGAACCCAUCUGAUUGAAACCAUUUCUCUUUUUUAAGGUAUGAUUCAGGCCACGGUUGGGUUCAUUGCAUACUUGGUGGUCAUGGCGGAUAACGGCUUCUUCCCAGAUUACUUGCUGGGUAUCGGAAUGCACUGGAAUGACAAAGAAGUAAAUGACGUGGAGGAUACCUAUGGACAAGAGUGGGUCAGUAUCACCUGUUUGAAUUCUGCUUUUUUUUUUUUUAAUAAUUAUCCCUCCGGGGCUUCUUUUUGUUUGUUUCCUUACGUUUCUGUGCUCAAUUCACAAACAAAGGAACUUCAAGUUAGAAACAUCAGUGAGAUUCAAUGUUUUUUCGCAGCUUAAUCUCAGUAAGUUUCAGAAGGACCAGGAUAUGACAGAGAAUAUAGGUUUGGUGGACAAGUGGAGCUUGGUGUCAUCCUUUAUAGCAAUGACAAUACGUGUGGAAUUUACAGAAGAUAAGGCAGAGAUAUAGCAGUUGAUGAUAAACAGAAGAGGACCCAGGAAAGACCCCUGGGGAACACCAGUAGUGAAAAUGGGAGUUACAGGACUUUGGUAAAACUUGGUCUAAUCCAUCAGAGUUACAUGUAUUCAGGAUUUUAUGGUAACCAUUUUCAUGUGAGCUGACAGCUUCAUCAACGAAAGGUAAAAAAGAAAACAUGUUCAGGAUUUGAAAUGUUCUCUCCAUCAGACGUACCAGCACAGAAAGAUCCUGGAGUACACCUGCCACACAGCUUUCUUUGUCAAUAUUGUGAUCAUGCAGUGGGCCAAUCUGAUCAUCUGUAAGACCAGGAGGAACUCCAUCCUGCAGCAAGGAAUGAAGUACGUAUCAAUCAGCACAGAUAGUAGCAGCAAUCACAUCAAACCAAACACUUUACAGAUAAAAUGUCGCUUUAACCAUCAAUCAAAUGCCAAAGGAAGUAAAAGUGAAUUAUUGGGGCGUAAUCAUGAUUGAAGUUGACAUCAAACAUUCAUUGUAGGCAUAUUAAAUUAUUCAAAAGUUGUUUUAAUGAUAUAUGACUGGAGGGUGAACUUUGGUUCAUGCAGUUGUAAUUAUUCUGAACUGUCUCUUCUUCUUUUAGGAACCAUGUCCUCAACUUCGCUCUGGUUGCAGAGACAAUUUUUGCUGUUUCUCUUAGUUACGUCCCGGGCAUGGACGCUGCCCUCAGAAUGUACCCUCUUAAGUAAGUCAAUACUUACUUUUUAUUAACUUAUUAACCAUACUUUUUAUUAAGUAUCCAUCUCUUUCUCAGGCUGUGGUGGUGGUUCAUUGCCCUCCCCUUCGCCCUCCUCCUCUUCCUGUACGAUGAAGUCAGAAAAUAUUUCAUCAGACGUUACCCAGGCGGUAAGACCCUUAUUGAGAUUUCCAUAUGAGUUUAGAGCUUUUAUAAAAACCUUUGUAGUUUCCUGAAAAUUUGCUAACAAAGUUAUGAACAUUCUAUAAAGUUUCCCCCCAAAAAAUUCAAUUUUUUUUUAAAUUUUGAAGUGUCCAGGAAGUUUUCUACAAGUGUGAUGUAAUAUUUCCAAGAGAUUCAGUUUGAAGUUUUAAAGGUUUUGCCCAAAAUAUUUCCAAUUAAAAUAUUUGAAUAUUCCUUAAGGAAAAAUCAUCUUAAUAUCAGUGUAAAUUCCCUUAAAUUUUCAUCAAAAUUUUUAUAAAAGUUUUCUAAAUUUGUCCACGAAGAUUCUCAACAGGAUCAGAAAGGUUUUCAAAAUCUAAAAAAAAAUAACUAAUUUUUUUUUUUUUUUUUUUUUUUUGGAAAAUUUUGAAAAAAAUUUUUGAUUAGCAGUCCAAAUUUCUUUGUUGAUUUAUUUUAUUUUUCCUUCUUGAAAAAAUUCUAGAAAUUAUUGAUUUUAAUUUCUUGAAGUUUACUAAAAUUUCCAAACUUUCCUCAAAAUACUUUUCAAACAUCCCAGAAAGUUGCAGAAAUUUUUCCCUACUUUCUGUUGAAUGUUUUCCAAAGAAAUCUCUGAGAUUUCAUUCCAUAAAAAGAAAAUAAAUCUUGAUUUUAAUUUGUUAAAUUUUCCUUAAAAAUGAUUUUUUACAAAAUCCCACUAAGUUUUGUCAUCAAAAAUUUCCAGAAAGUCUACCAAAAUUUAAUCCAAUAUUCCUGAAACUUGAAAGUAAAAAACUCCCAAAGUUUUUGAUGAAAUUUUCCCAAAAAAUUUUCCACAAAUUUUUUGUGACUGGGAUGGUUACAGUCCCUCUGGGGUGGGUCAAUGUAUUCUCAACAUGGAGGAUCAAUAUGUGUGUUCACAUUGGGCUGUUUGUGGAUGUGUGUGAUAUCUCCGUCAAAACUGCGCCCCACACAGACCAGUGAACUGUGGCAGAUGGCAGAGCCCAGAGGGAUUUCAACCCUCAACCCCUUCAUUGUUAGCUAAAGCCUCGUUCCAUUCACGGAUCUGAGUACAACCUGUAUGCAGGGCUGGCUUUAGUGCAGCUGUUUGUGUGUUCGUGUGUGUUUGUGGGUCUGCUCCAUCUGAGCCCCUCCGCACAGAUCAGUGAACAUCCCAUUUCCCAUCCAUGGUGAAUAAUUUGUUACCAACAGAGAGAAAAAACAAGUCAGAGCCACAGAUUUCCAAACAAACAGGAAUGGAUUAAAGCGGAGAACGACAAGAGCUAAAACUUUGGUGUCUGAAGUUGAAACCAUGAUUCCAGUCCAGUGAUUUUGAGCUCUCUAUGAAACACGACUUCUCCAUGUUUGGGGCCUAAAAAUAAAAUGCAGCUCUGGGCUCAGCGGAGCGCAGCCAAAAGAUGCGAAAUCACACAAGUCAAGCAUGCAAAUCUUGUCGACUUCUCAUGAAGUUUUAUGAGAUUUACAUCUUUUGGGUCAUGAGUGAGGCCUCCAGGAUGAUAUCAUCCAUCUCCCUGCCUCUUCACAAAGAAAGUCAUGGCUCUGAAUCAGGAACACGUCUGAAUCAUUGACACUAAUCAGGUCCCGUGAUUUCACCCUGCAGCCUGAAUGCAAAGUUAAAAGUCUCUGUAUGACAGCAAGAAAAUUCAGACCCUGAACAUGUUCCUAAUUCUGUCUCUUUUGGUUUCCAGGUUGUGUGGAGCUGGCGACAUACUACUGAGUCCACACAUACGCAGAGGGAGCAGUCAGUGCUUCAUUGUUAUAUCCUGCAUUUACUGGAAUAUUAGUCUGACUAAAAAAUAUAUAUAUUAAAAAAACUAACAUAAAUGAAUACAUCAAGAAGAUCUUGAUGUAUGAGUACCUCUCAAUAAAACUUUUUUUUUACCUUUUUA